GAGGCAGCAGGCUUCACUUUCGUUUUCACUCCGAACACUGCUUGCUUUGCGCAUGCGUCACCCGUCGAGCUGCACAGAAGAGUCAACGUUUUUAAAGUGUCUCUUCUUGUCACAAGAAGAGACUUCCGGGAUGGUGACAGGAGUCAUUUUGUUCGGACUCUUCACGACCUGCGUGUGUGCGUCCGGGGUUGCUGACGUGGUCCUGUCCUGCGAGUUCAUUGGGGACUCAGUCAGAGGGCAAGGGGAUUCUGGCUUCACCAGAUCGCCAGCUACCCUCAUCUUGCGAGACGUCUCCAUUGCGUCCAAUGAUGAAUCGCUGGCAGCGCUCACACCAUUUGUUCCACCCUUCCAGCCGGAUCCAUCCGACCUUCUGUUCGAGUCCAAAGCGCCAGCCUGGGAAAUCCCCAACGCGGAGUUGUUGCUCCACGCCGACUGCAACGAGCAGGAGGUGAUGUGCGAAAUAACCGCUUAUAACCCCCGCGGUUUAAAGACAGAGUCAGGAACCAGCUAUUUCAUGGUGUCCAUCGAUGUGAAAGGUGUGGACUUCAGCGCUAUGUUGAUCCUCCACACCUUGCCUGUGGUAGCGGACCAGAUGACCGUGAUGCAAACCGCACUGGGCCUACCUAUGAGCCAUGCUGGAACGCUGCUAACUGAGUUGUCCUUUCUGGUGUUUUCCACUGCUAAGGCUCCAUCUGGCCCUCUGAAAGCCGAUUGCCUCCUCAGCUGUGGUUUCAAGUAUUUAGAGGCAUCGCCUGACGAGGAAGUGCGCGUUGAAUGGCGACAGCAGUAUCGGGGAACAGGCCAGAAAAUCUACACGAUGAAAACAAAGCUCAACGAUUCAGAAGGGAGCACAGAGGUGCAUAAUGACAGAGGGGAAUCGAGCAUGGAUGCUGCCCGGGUUGUUGGUCAAGGAGACACGUCUUUGACCUUGAAGAAUUUAAAGGUGUCGGAUGUGGGCGCCUUCAUCUGCUCUGUGUUUUUAGGUCACUUCCACGCCCAGCAAGUGGUCAAUCUCCAGAUAUUUGAACCCCCCAUCGUUUCACUCUCAGAGACGAAGCUGGUUUUAAAGGGGGGCGUCGCCCAGACUAUAAGGUGCCAUUGCAGUAACUACUUCCCUCUGGAUGCUCAGGUGGAGUGGUUGUCACGCUCGCCGACAGACAAGGAGCCCACCCUCUUCCCCGACCAGGGCUCGCUGUCCAGCCACCGGAAGCACGGCAACGGCACCUACACCCUCUCGUCCCGCCUCAGCGUGCCCGCCAGCGUCGCCAACGGAACGGAAAUCAUCUGCAAGGUGUCACACCAAGCUCUGGAUGCUCCUCUCGUUGUUAGUCUACUGGUAGAACACCAAGAACCAGCCGUACUCUCUUGUCAUUCUACAGCUGACUACUGGUGGGUGCUGUGCUUCCUGUUUGUCACUGUGCUCUUCUUCUACCAGCUCCUCAAAUAGGUAGAUCACAGGUCACUCUGUGACUUCAUUACUAUUUACUUUAAUUCAACUCAGACUUUGGUCGUUGUGUUUUUUUGCACUAUUAUUUGCGUUUAAAUAAGUCAAUGAAUUAUUUUGUUGUGUCAAUUAAGUUGUGUUUCUAUCAAUGGUUUAGUUUAUUUUGAACAUUCUUCAAGGAGCUGUUUGCAACUUGUUUAAAGUGAAUAAAAAAAAAAAAAAAAGACAACACCAUCGGCUAGCUCAGUGGUUCUCAACCUUUUUUCAGUGAUGUACCCCCUUUGGACAUUUUUUUAAUUCAAGUACCCCCUAAUCAGAGCAAAGCAUUUUUGGUUAAAAAAAAAGAGAUAAAGAAGUAAAAUACAGCACUAUGUCAUCAGUUUCUGAUUGAUUAAAUUGUAUAACAGUGCAAAAUAUUGCUCAUUUGUAGUGGUCUUUCUUGAACUAUUUGGAAAAAAAGAUAUAAAAAUAACUAAAAACUUGUUGAAAAAUAAACAAGUGAUUCAAUUCUAAAUAAAGAUUUCUACACAUAGAAGUAAUCAUCAACUUAAAGUGCCCUCUUUGGGGAUUGUAAUAGAGAUCCAUCUGGAUUCAUGAAUUUAAUUCUGAACUUUUCUUCACAAAAAAAGAAAUCUUUAACAUCAAUAUUUAUGGAACAUGUCCACAAAAAAAAAUCUAGCUGUCAACACUGAAUAUUGCAUUGUUGCAUUUCUUUUCACAGUUUAUGAACUUACAUUCAUAUUUUGCUGAAGUAUUAUUCAAUAAAUAUAUUUAUGAAGGUCUUUUGAAUUGUUGCUAUUUUUAGAAUAUUUAAAAAUAAAACCUCACGUACCCCUUGGCAUACCUUCAAGUACCCCCAGGGGUACGCGUACCCCCAUUUGAGAACCACUGGGCUAGCUUAUGUUGCCAUUAGUGCAGGGUUCUUCAACAUUUUCCAGGCCAAUGACUCCUAAACUGAAGUAAAGAUGGAACGAGCACCCUUACACAGAGUGGUGUAUAAAAAGAGUUUGGCCAACUCGGUUUCAGGCGAUCUCAUCAAUGAUUGGCCGAAAGUAGAGAUGUCCGAUAAUAUCGGACAGCUGAUAUUAUCGGCUGAUAAGUGCUUUAAAAUGUAAUAUCGGAAAUUAUCUGUAUCUGUUUCACAAAGUAAAAUGUAUGACUUUUUAAAACGCCGCAGUACAGAGUGGUACACGGACGUAGGGAGAAGUACAUAGCAGUUGCGUCUCCCAGUCAUACUUGCCAACCCUCCCGAUUUUCCAGGGAGACUCCCGAAUUUCAGUUCCCCUCUCGAAAAUCUCCCGGGGCAACCAUUCUCCGGAAUUUCUCCCAAUUUCCACCCAGACAACAAUAUUGGGGGCAUGCCUUAAAGGCCCAAUCACUUAAUAGCUACGGCUUUUCACACACACUAGUGCCGUGGUUCUCAACCUUUUUUCAGUGAUUUAAUUCAAGUACCCCCUAAUCAGAGCAAGGCAUUUUUGGUUGAAAAAAGAGAUAAAGAAGUAAAAUACAGCACUAUGUCAUCAGUUUCUGAUUUAUUAAAUUGUAUAAAGGUGCAAAAUAUUGCUCAUUUUUAGUGGUCUUUCUUGAACUAUUUGGAAAAAAAUGUAUAAAAAUAACUAAAAACUUGUUGAAAAAUAAACAAAUGAUUCAAUUAUAAAUAAAGAUUUCUACCCAGAAAGUAAUCAUCAACUUAAAGUGCCCUCUUUGGGGAUUGUAAUAGAGAUCCAUCUGGAUUCAUCAACUUACUUCUAAACAUUUCUUCACAAAAAAAGAAAUCUUUAACAUCAAUAUUUAUGGAACAUGUCCACAAAAACUCUAGCUGUCAACACUGAAUAUUGCAUUGUUGUAUUUCUUUUCACAGUUUAUGAACUUACAUUCACAUUUUGUUGAAGUAUUAUUCAAUAAACGUAUUUAUAAAGGAUUUUUGAAUUGUUGCUAUUUUAAAAAAAACAUCAAGUACCCCCAGGGGUACACAUACCCCUAUUUGAGAACCACUGAGCUAGAGUAUGUUUCGAACUAUAUAUAGACGUAUUAUUUUGGUUUAUUUUGCAAGAAAAACGACAGCAGUUGCAUGCAUCCGGGCACAGCCGCACACGUCCUUGGUAGAAGUCAUGGCGCCUGUUUUUUAGUUGGUCAUACUUCCUUUACACACGACUCUGCCCCGACGUAAAUAUCUUGUAUAAAAUUGUGUUUCAAAUGAAAAUGGUCCUUCAGGUACUUUGUUAUUGUACUUUAUGCACUGUAUUCUUCUGCCUGUGCAAGCUGCAACUCAUUUUGGAGCAAACCUCUUGUUAUCAGUGUUGGAUUAAUGAUCAGAAGUAUUGAAGUAGGGCUGUCAAAAAAAUCAGAUUGAUCAUAUUUUGGAAUUUGUAUUAAUCGUGAUUAAUCACAAGUGAUGACUUGCUUGCAUAAUUAACAUUUGCUAAAUAAAGACCCCAAUAUUUGUACCCAAA